UGGCCCUGAGGCUUCAUUCACUAGUUUGAUUCAGAUCUAAAAAUGUACUCUAAGGUAUUGGUAACUUUAUUUGUACUGUACUUAAGUACAGUGGAGUGUAACGAUAUACACAUUGGAUAUACGAAUACGAGAUCAAGAAAGGUCUACAGUGAAUUGAAGGAAGCUGAUCCUGCGUUGUGGAGGAGGACAGAUGAGGUUACGAUCAAAACACCUCCUCACGAGGUUAUAGAUUCCAUACAUGUGUCUGAUUUGAGGGAAGAGAAGGAUGGGGAGGCGUACAUUACGAGUGGUGGCGUUGGUAUGCCGUAUGUGACCAUUGCUCUGAAGAGUCCCACCAUACUGCGUGGAUAUAAGUUCCAGAUAGAAGUAUACGCCAGCAGUACUGCCUCCAAUGAGGGGUUGUUCAGCAAAAGCCCUUACUUCGGUGACGUUCAGCAGCAGCAGGUCUCUCGUAAGUUUUAGGAGUUGAUCAAGAUGUUAUUGUGUGACGUUGUUAUUGUGAUGAUUUUAUUUAUUCAAUAAAUAUUUGUGUUUUUUUUU